GUAAUGAUGUUACCAAACAAUAGGAAGAAAACUCAGCCAACAACUUACUACUACUACUAAUAAUAAGCUUACCAAACUCCAUAGCCCCUCAUUAUAAGUCACUUUCAAAAUCCUAAUUUGAUUUUGUAAGUAAAAUCCCACUUUGAUUGUUUGAGCUUUGAGUAUAUUUUAUCCUUUUCAGACCUAACUCGUGUAAUUAUACUAAGCAUUUGUAUUUAAGAUUAUCUUGAUUGAAAUUGUGUUUUCCUUAUAAAAGGUUCUUGUUUUGGGAAUUUUAUUAAUCAUGGCUCAAGAAACAUUAAAUCUUGAACAAGAGGUUGUUUUGGUUGAAGAACUUGGAAAUGCUAGAGUUGUUACCUUAAAUAACCCAAAACAGUUGAAUGUCAUUUCACCCAAAGUGGUAGUACUUCUUGCAGCGAAUCUCGAGAAAUGGGAGAAAGAUGAGAAUGCAAAACUUGUUAUCAUCAAGGGAGCUGGCCGGGCUUUUUCUGCUGGCGGGGAUUUGAAGAUGUUCUAUAAUGGCAGGAAUACAAAGGAUUCCUGCCUUGAGGUUGUUUAUCGAAUGUAUUGGCUUUGCAAUCACAUUCAUACAUAUAAAAAGACCACGGUUGCUCUUGUUCACGGAAUCUCAAUGGGCGGUGGUGCAUCCUUAAUGGCUCCAAUGAAGUUCUCUGUUGUGACUGAAAAGACGGUUUUCUCCACUCCUGAAGCAAGUAUAGGCUUCCACACGGACUGCGGUUUCUCAUACAUGCUUUCUCGACUUCCUGGUAGACUCGGGGAAUACUUGGGUUUAACUGGAGCAAGGCUGAACGGUAAAGAAUUGGUUGCUGCUGGACUUGCAACACAUUUUGUACCCCUGGAGAAACUGCCAGAGCUAGAGAAGCACUUACUAAGCUUAAACACUGGCGACGAGGAUGCUGUCGGAUCUGCAAUCAAGGAGUUCUCGACAGACGUUCAGAUCGAUGAAGAAAGUAUCUUGAAAAAGCAGUCAAUAAUUGAUGAGUGCUUCUCCAAGGAUUCUGUUGCAGAGAUUAUCAGUUCAUUUGAAACUGAGGCAGGCAAAGAAGGAAAUGGUUGGAUUGUUCCAGUGCUUAAAGGCCUAAAAAGGUCAUCCCCAACAGGUCUAAAAAUUACACUAAGAUCGAUUCGGGAAGGGAGGAAGCAAACCUUAUCUGAAUGUCUGAAGAAAGAAUUCAGAAUUACAAUAAAUACACUGAGAGCUAGAAUAUCUGGUGAUGUCUAUGAGGGUAUCAGAGCUCUUACCAUUGACAAGGACAAUUCUCCGAAAUGGGACCCUUCGACUCUUGAAAACGUUGAGGACGAACAAGUCAACCUUGUAUUUGAGCCAUUUGAUGAAGAUUUCGAGCUUAAGGUUUCAGAAAAUGAACAAGACAGGUGGGAUGGAAAGUAUGAAGAUUCUGUAUAUUGCCAUCAGUGAAAAAUCAAAGUACACGAUCAGUUUAACAGCGUUGGCCGUUGGUCUUAUAGUCCUUGUUACUUCAGCAUACUCUUGCUGGUGCUGCACACUUCUUCCAUCAACAUUAUCUACUGUGUUUUAAGCUUACAACAAUAAUCAAUAAACGCGAUUCUCGGAUGAAACUGUUGUGGUCUCUCUUGUUUACAUUUUAGCAAUGGUUUUGGUUAAUUUAUUUUUCUCUUUCCUUUAAAAAGAGAAGGAUAUGUAUUCUCUUCUAUUUUUUAAAAAAUAUUAUAAAGUUCUUCAUAUUCAAGCUGUGAAAACUGUAUCUGGAUAUAUAUAGUGUAUACUUUUGGGUGUGUAAUUUCAGUUUAAUAUAGUCAGAA